AUGGAGGCCGCGCGGAGGGCGCACGAGGCCGUGCUACACCUGCUGCUGAACCGGCCAUGGGCCCCGCGCGCCGCGGCCCGCCCGCGGCCCCGCGCGUCCGAGGUGCUGACGCGGCACCUGCUGCAGCGGCGCCUGCCGCACUGGACGUCGUUCCUGGUGCCCUACCGCGCCGUGCGCAACGACCAAUUCGGCCGCUCGCACUUCAACUGUCCGGUGCCCGGCGCCAACUACCACGUGCUGCGCACCGGCUGCUUCCCGUUCGUCAAGUACCACUGCUCGCGCGCGCCCUGGAGUGACCUGGCUGCGCAGGACCGCCUCUUCACUGCGCUCAAGGCCCUCAACCUCGGUAUCCCAACAUUACUAUAUGGACUUAGCUCCUGGUCAUUCGCCAGAGUCACGGAGACUGUGCACACCAGUUAUGGACCAGUAAAGAUUUACUUUUUAAAUAAAGAAGAGGAAGGUGCCAUAUAUUGAAAGUGUGCAUUGGAGAGCAUAGAUGCCAGUGGAUAUUCUUGUGUGUAAAUGUGCAGUAUUUAUUUUUGAACCUUUAAAAUAAAACUUUUGCAAGCA